GCCGAGGUGCAGACAUCAGACAGGCAAUGGUCGAUAGGGGACACCAUGUGAAGACCGCCUGAGUAGGCUAUAUAAACGUGGCUUUUCACAGAUAACUGCUCAUUUGCUUGAAGCUGGAUGGUGCUGCUUACAGCCUGGACAGAUAAGUGAUCAGUGAUCCUUCAACCUGAGCGUCAGUCAGGGAGGCUCUGUGCGCUUUUCUUUCCUCUUCAUUGGUCUCUCUUUUGUUCUCUCUCUCUCUACCCUCUACAUUUCUCUCCUCUGGUUCUUUGCCCCUCUCUGCCUGUAAUUUCUCUCCCUCAACCAUGCCUCCGACCCUGGCCACAGCGUUCGCUAGGCGCUGGUGGAUGGCAGUGACUUCCAUCAUUGAAAAUCUGCUGUUCUCUGCCGUGCUUUUGGGAUGGGGAUCGCUCCUCAUCAUGCUCAAGUCAGAAGGCUUCUACUCUUACCUUUGCAACGAGGAGGGCAACAGUUCCAGCUACAAUCUGUCCCAACUCCUGGCAACGCCAAAACCCGAUGACUAUGCAGACUACUAUGAAAAUGAGGGUGGCAUGGUUGGUCUGGGAGACGGAGUGGAGAUGAAGCCCCUGAUUCCUAUGGAUGGGUCCCUGAGGAUGAACGGCUGGCUGAUUUGUAAAGAACAGGAUGAGAUGCUGAACCUGGCGUUUACAGUGGGCUCCUUCCUGCUCUCGGCCAUCACCCUGCCACUGGGGAUCGUCAUGGAUAAAUAUGGGCCUCGCAAGCUACGACUGCUGGGAAGCACGUGUUUUGGAUUGUCCUGUCUACUCAUUGCUUAUGGAGCCUACAAUCCAAAUGAACUCUCUGUCCUUAUCUUCAUUGCCCUGACUUUCAAUGGCUUUGGGGGCAUGUGCAUGACCUUCACCUCUCUCACACUCCCUAACAUGUUUGGAGACCUCCGUUCCACCUUCAUCGCCCUGAUGAUUGGCUCCUAUGCCUCCUCUGCUGUCACCUUCCCUGGUGUCAAGGUGAUCUAUGACCUUAACAUAUCUUUCAUCACUAUCCUGGUGGUGUGGGCUGCCUGUGCUGGACUGGUCUUCUUAAACUGCUUCUUCAACUGGCCACUGGAGCCGUUCCCAGGACCAGACGACAUGGACUACAGUGUAAAGAUCAAGUUCAGCUGGCUGGGCUUUGACCAUAAAAUCACAGGAAAGCAGUUCUACCAACAAGUGACCACAGUAGGCCGUCGUCUCAGUGUGGGCAACAACCUCAAGCAGAUGGAGCUGGCCACUAAUGACGGAAACAAGUUCUGCCUGUCCACAAUGGACCUGGAAAUGGAAUGCAAGCCAAACGACGAGUCCCAGUCAUUCUUCAAAACCAUCAUCAGCCCGAUCUUCAUGCUCAGUCUGUUGACCAUGUCUAUCACUCAGCUCCGUCUCUUGUUCUACAUGGGAGCCAUGAACAGCGUCCUGGAGUCACUCAGUGAUGGAGACCUCAACACAGUGGAGAGAAUGGAAGUCGUGAGUCUGUACUCCUCCAUCUUCGGCAUGCUGCAGCUGCUUUGCCUGAUGACUACUCCUGUGAUUGGUCAGAUCAUGGACUGGAAGCUGAAGGACUGUGAUGACGGAGAGGAGGAAAAGGAGCCCUGCAGCAAGGGGGAGAUAAAGAAAAAGCGCAGAGAUAAAAAGACCCAGAAGGUGACCAAUGCCUUGCGAGCGUUCGUCCUCACAAACCUCCUUUUAGUGGGAUUUGGGAUCACCUGUCUAGUGCCCAAUCUCCCCGUGCAGAUUGUGUCAUUUGUCUUACACACUGUGGUGAGAGGAUUCAUUCACUCUGCUGUUGGCGGCCUAUAUGCUGCUGUGUAUCCCUCCUCCCAGUUUGGCAGUCUAACAGGCAUGCAGUCUCUGGUCAGUGCUGUGUUUGCUCUGCUGCAGCAACCCCUGUUUCUGGCUAUGAUGGGACCCCUACAGGGAGACCCAUUCUGGGUUAAUAUUGGACUCUUAGCUCUCAGUAUGCUGGGCUUCUUGUUGCCUCUCUAUCUAAUCUGCUACAGACGGACGCUCUACAGACAGCAACAGCAGAGGGAGGACAACGCUAAGAUCUAUUUCAAAAUCAAUUGCUCCGACAUUCCUGAGGCCUAUGUCUAAAGAAACGUAAAUGAAGAGAAAUGGAUAGCAGAGGAUGAAGAAAGAUUUUUUUUUACUGUGAAACAUUGCAAUCCAGUAAUACGUGCGUGCAUACAUAGGCAUGCAAAAGAACAACUGAAAUCUUAACUAUUUAGAAUAUCACAUUUAAACUCUGUAAUUGGUACACACACAAACUGCCACAUCCAUUUUCCAAAAUCCCACCAAGAUAAACAGCUGAUGCUGCCGUUGUCACAGAAAGGAAUCAGUUUGACAGUCGCUGAGGCGGAAAGUGAAACAUGGAGGGAAAAAGAAAAAACAAGAGGAAAAGACUGUGAAAGGAAAGAGGCACAAGCCCUCUGCAUUCCCCCAAAUCCUCUGACUUCUCUUUAUAUUCCCUCCUCUCUGGGCUGCACAUUGCAAAGUGCAGGGUCCAUUCCACAUAAGACUGCUUUAAAAUUCCCCAUAUGAGAAGAGAAAUUAACAGAAGAGUGUGUUUAGCUCAUGAAUAUCCCCCUGGGACACUGGCAAGACUGCUAAACACUUUCACAAACAACCUCACCAUUAUUAGUGAGUGAUUCCAAUUUUAUCAGACAUUUUUGUUUAAUAUAUUGACUUCAAAUCAUCCUGAUUGCAAAUGACAUACCAUGGUGCUACCUAUCUAUUCAUCAGCUGGAUUUUUUUUGAUAGAUGGUGUAAGGUAAGUGUGGACUAAAUAAGCGACAGGGAGGAGAGAAGAGCCUUAUUGUUGAUGUUUCUCGGGCGAGUAGAAAAAGAGAUUCAUUAGGAUUAAUUAUGGGACUUGAUUUUUUUGUUUUUUUUUAACAUCUUAUAUUAUGAAACUACUGUAGCUUAGAAUAUACUGAAGUAUUGGAUAAUGUCAGUGUUUUAAUGGGCUGUAUUCUGUAAGAGGGACAUCAAACAGGUGUGUUUUGCUAAAAGCAAAAUGUUCAUAUAUGUUUAGAGUAUUUUUUUUAUUUCCUGCUUUCUUUAGUUUUCUUUUUAUAUUUUUUUUUAAGUUUACCAGCGGUGCCUUUUCAAUAUACCUUUAUGUAAAAGAGAUUUGUUCAUUGGGCAGCAUGUUCUAUUGAGCUUUUUACACAUACUGUAUCAGUGAAAGUUGUCCCCUUUGCAUUACAUGGUAUACUAUUUAUACAUCAUGUUCUCCAUUAAAGAGAUAUUUUGCUGAUUUAAAUCUAGCUCUGUGUCAUGACAGUGUGGGCAGUGUGUUUAGAUGAACAGUGUUUGGCUUCCCUUGGGGUGCCAGUGCACGUAGCUCCCCCCGGAGCAGAGCAGCAGAGGUCUUCAGAGAUCCGCCGGAUGACACGACACACGUCAUGGAGGUCUGCCCAGAACUCUACU